AGUCCGGAACCAAUGUGUUGUACGGUACUAGCAGGCGGAGGACUGUUUUGUUAAAGGACCACCAAUGCUCUGUGAAGGGUUGAGCGGGACAGUUCCGGGGAGAGAACGCGGCAGUGAGGUCUUCGUCUCCUGAUAUGCACCGACAGAAUUUUCGACCCCCUACCCCUCCUUACCCCGGCCCGGGUGUAGGAGGUUGGGGUAGCGGGAGCAGCUUCCGGGGUACCCCUGGCGGAGGCGGACCACGGCCGCCCUCCCCUCGGGACGGGUACGGGAGCCAGCACCACACGUCGCCUUACGGGCCCCGGUCUAGACCCUACGGGAGCAGCCACUCUCCGCGACACGGCGGCAGCUUCCCGGGGGGCCGGUUCGGGUCUCCGUCCCCUGGCGGCUACCCUGGCUCCUACUCCAGGUCUCCCGCGGGGUCCCAGCAGCAAUUCGGCUACUCCCCAGGGCAGCAGCUGACCCACCCCCAGGGUUCUCCAAGGACAUCUACACCUUUUGGAUCAGGGCGUGGUAGAGAAAAAAGAAUAUCUAAUGAGUUGGAAAGUUAUUUCAAGCCUUCAAUGCUUGAAGACCCUUGGGCUGGCCUAGAACCAAUAUCUGUAGUGGAUAUAAGCCAACGAUACAGCAAUACUCAAACAUUCACAGGCAAAAAAGGAAGAUACUUUUGUUAACAUUUCUGAAAUUCAACUGGAACCCUCAUGUGUCAGGAACAUCUUGGACAAAACUUUUACUUGUGUAAUUAAGUUGAACCCUAACAUGGUGAUUUUGAUUGAAUAAUUAGUUAGGGCUUCUUGGUAUUUUUCAUCUUGUCAAAUAUUGUUGGUGUUAGAGAAGACAUAUGGUAGAAUAAAUUGCAAUAUUUAGCUCUUUUGGAAGUGCCUACCACAAAUUAGAAGAUUUAUAGUUUCCAAAUAGUUAACAUUCUUGGUAAUAUAAUGGACAUUUGUCUUUUAAUGUUUUUCCAGUGUUUUAAAAUAAAACAUUUUGUUUUCUAGCUA